CAUUAUUACGUCAUGAAAGAAAAAAUGACUGCUUUUGUUUUCAGUUCACUGCCUCACAGAAGAGUAAGAAAGAUCGAGAAUUUAUGGGAGGAUGACAAUCAAGGAAAUCUACAGCUCACGUGUUGAGGAAGAUUUCCUCCCCCCUCCCCAGACGUUAAAGACACUGGACACUGCGGCAUCAAAGAGAAUGGCGGACAUUCUCACAGAAUCAACCUUCUCUGGCUCAGUUACAGAACAGACGACUCGUAUUCCAGUGUUGACUUGUGAAAAUGGAAUCCUUCCUCAGAUUAAUUCAUUGAAAACGAAACCAACAGUGACGACAAAACAACGUCAGAAUGGACAUCUUAGAUCAUAUUCAGGAACGCAGCAUGGACGUUCAAAUCAGCAAAAGCUUGACAUGGACUUAAGCUUUCAGCAUGAUAAACACUGGAUGGCCAAAUUUUACGAGUCUUUUGAGGACCCGCCUCUUUGGACAUCUAUAAUGACGUAUAUUAGUUUUCUAAUACUCAUUCUUGUGGGACAUGUACGAGAGUUUCUGAAAAAGCUAGGAAUUGGAAGAGUUAAAAACAUAUCGGAACCUAACAUUCCGGGAUUUGUUCCCCUGUACCAGACCUGGGAAAGCUUUUAUCACUGGUACAUCUUCAGAAGAGGCAAGGAUACACUAUACCGGACUAUAUGCAGUGUUCCUGGAGCAGAGAUGGACGUCAUGGAUCGCGUAACCGACGAUCAUUAUUGGACAUUCCGAUAUACGGGGACCUCUACUAGAGCCAUCAACUUUGGGUCCUACAAUUACCUGGGAUUUUCUCAAAACAGUGGACCAUGUGCAGAGGCUGUAGAAAAGACGGUCGAAGAACUGGGGAAUGCCAUUUGCGCUAGCAGACAAGAAUUAGGCUAUCUCCAGAUUCACAAAGAAUUAGACGAGCUUGUUGCCGAUUAUCUAGGUGUUGAGGCUGCAAUAACAGUUCCAAUGGGGUUUGCUACCAAUUCCAUGAACCUUCCAGCACUUGUGGGCAAGGUAAAUAAAUAUUUACUGAAAAAACAGUGA